AUGUUUCUAUUGCACAGCAGGCUCCCCGUGCUGCCGCUGAUGCUGCUGCUACUGAUGAUGACUAUUACCAGCAGCUACAAAACCAUCGCCCGGUGUAAAGAAGUGGAGAGAAUUGAAAGCCCCAGAAGCAUCCCCUCUCAGUAUCACAGGGACGCAGAGCUCCAGCACAAGUCCUCGCUGCGAAAGCUGCUGCAUCAACAGCAGCAGCAAGAGCAGGAGCAGCAACAUCAGCAAAUGCAGCAGAAGCAUCCUAUCAACGGGGCUAUGCUUCGGGGGGAGCUGGGUUACUGGGUGUUGAAUGUGAGCGUCCCCCUGAGCAGGCACUCUCUCUCUCGGCUCUCCGAUGGUCUUCUCCUUUCUUCUCUUCUCUCCAGCGUUGGCAACCCCUUUAUAAUCAAUCGACAGCAGCAACAACAGCCCACGCAGCAGCACGUCGGCAAGGAACACGCCACGCAAGUCCACGCAGACGGAACGUAG